AUGUCGAGCGAGCAUGAAAGCGAUUAUGAUGAUGACGCCGACGUCUAUCAAGACCCGAACCAUCCCGAAGAAGCUGGGACUUCCAUGGCUCAACAGGAGCAUGCAGACAUUGAAUGGGUAGAAAGAUUUGAAAGCGAUUUGAAAUCAAAGGGCUCGAACAACUCGUACGAGUAUGAAGGGAAAGGGAGUGAAUCACAAGUUGUAGAAAUAUUAAGGUCGAUCAAAGAAUCCUCCAGUCACGAAGAUAAAUCCAUAUGGUUCAAGAGAUUCAGUCGAGAUCUGAACGUCUUCCUGGAAAACUUGAAAGGACUGAGCAGAAAAUUUGCAGAGAAGAUCGCCUGGAACAACGGCAUUGAAGUUCUACUCAGCGCGCUUGAAGCAAGAUUCGCAUCAAUCAACGAGUCUCCAGUGCAAGCAGAAGUCUGUUUGACCCUGUUGAAAUGUCUGAGGGAGCUCUUAAUUGCUGUAGACCUCAAGGAAACAUCGUUCGACCCCUAUACAAAAGCGAGGAGCAAGGCUCUUAGGAAGCUGGUGGCUAAAAGCAGGUGUCUGAAAGUUCUAGAAGACCUGCUGGAAUCCAGCAAGCAUGACAGGAUUGUACUUGAAGUUCUUCAUAUCGCUCACAUCUUCAUGCCAGCUGCUGAGCAGCUGGCCAGGGAGGAAGACGAUCACAUACCGAAGUACGAGGCUGGUGUCAAAGGACAGGAAAGAUUUCAGCUCCGAAUGCGAAUGUUCUCGAGCUGUCUUCGAUUUAUCAAGGAAAAUAUACAUCGGAUACGGAGCGAUCUAGAGUCGAACUGCCUUCAAUCAGCUUUCACGUUAAUGCACACUAUCAUGUCGACAGAACAGAAUGUGGCAACAGGCCUUAAUUCCUCCCCUGCCAUGCAAACUAAAAUGUUGGAACGAACAAACUCGUUCCAGUUUCUGUUGGCUAAGCGAGAAAACUUUCAAGUUCUGAUGCAGGUCUUCCAAUGCAUGCAAAUGGUGCUGGAGGUCAAAGGACGGGAUAAUCAGAACCAUCAGGCCUGUGACAACGUCAGGAAUGUGACGGUCAAAGCUCUAGCGCUGCUGAUGCUCAGCCUUGAAACAUCGGAGGAGAUGACGGCGAUGGUGGGGAGAAGCUCGAGAUCGGCUCUGACUCCCCUUGUUGGCCUGUUCCUGCAGGAUCAGGAUCGACAAGUUUGCCUGUAUUCGGUAGGGACCCUCAAGGCCAUGUGCAACGACCCCCUCCUCCUCCAGGCUGUCUUGGCUCAGUGGCUGGGUGAGAAUGGUAUUCGAGAUGGACUGCUCCGACUGCUUCCUCCAGCUGCUCCUCGUCACUUGAGCGGCUUGUGGGCCGUUGAGUUGCUAGGGAUCCUGUCGCUGAAAUGCAUGGAAGUACAACCUUGCAGUUACAACCCCAUGAGUGAUGGAACUUUGAGUUCACUCCUUGAAGUUUUAUCCGCCUCGUCAAACGAGGAGAGCGAUGAAGAUGAUUUCAGCAGGAUCGAUUUCUAUGAAGUGGUUUUCGGUGCCAUCUGGAAUAUCUGCACUGCCUACGAUCAUGACUGCAAAGCUUCUUCAAUGUGUCCUGACAGUCCUCACCGACGUGUUGGGCUCUCUCGACCAGCUCUCCGACUUCUCGUCCAUGUUAUCUCCACAAGUGUUCCAGCAACUACUCUGAGGCAAGUCAGUGUUGGGCUGUUGGACGCUGUCUGCAGGUGCUCUUUGAAUCUCCCAGCUCUGGACGAGCUCGAUGCUCCUCUGACAAGUCCAGUGAAGCUUCUCCAGGUCCUGGAUGACCCACACGCUGACAUUCGAGACUUCGGCAUUGCAGCGUUUGUUGGCAUGUCCAACGGGACCUUUUACCGCGUGCGAGGAUCGGUCGAAAUGAUCUCAAACAGCCUCGUCAGUUCUGUCAUGCCUGAUGGGCAAACGCCAAAAGAUUACCAGAAACUGCAAACAAGCGCUGCUAGUGUUGUGUUCGACGUCUCGGAAUACCCGAAAGCUGCAGAUAUGUUGUGCAAAAUGCAAGUGGUGCCAAACUUGGUGCAUUGCCUUGAGAACUCGCUAGACCCUGACUGUCGCAUCGUAUGCAUGAGAACCAUCGCAAGGAUCACGAGGCUCGCAGUCUCUGUGGACAGCAUCAUUGAGGCCGGUGCCAUCGACCCGGUCAGCAAGAUGCUUUUCAUCUCAUCCAUUCAGGACUUGGCCAGAAGAUGUUGGACGAGCUGCAAUGAUGCUCUUGUGGAGAACAUCUUCUCGUCGGAUGAAGAAGACCGACUGUGCGCAGCUGCUGGUGAAGCAUGGUUUGAAUGCGAUGGAUACUCUGAAGAACAACUCGCAGUGUUGCUGCAGUCAAUUACUUUGUGGGAAGAUGUUGCUGCAGAAAUCUUUGAGUUGUCAUUCGGGGAAACGAAUCUUCUUGAAAUCAUCUCGCGAUUGUUUCUCAGGUCCGAAUCCAAGAAGGUGGCAUCUGAGUACUGUAAGAUUUUCAUCAACGUGUGGAAAAUCCCCAAGGCACUGCAAGUCUUGCUAGAGGUUCUGUCCACUCUCGACCACCUUGGCCAGAGCGAGGGACCCAGUCUAGAUCGAGUUGUCAUAGUUGCCAACGAGAUGGAACGACUGAUCUUGAAACUCUCUGACGCUCGCAAACUCAUCGCAGAGAAACUCGGAGCCGAGCGGUUCAAUGUCGACCUUCACUUGCACAAACUUGUGGAGGUCAGCAAUCCAAUCUUUGCCUUUUCUUAA